AUGCACGUCCCUACAGCAGAUCUUGUGCCUACCUUGCCCGUCGUUCGAGGCUCUUCCUCCCUAAUUGUUGUUAAACCCGACCUUUUAAGAUUGCGACCGGCUACUCGAGGUCUGGACGCUGCAACAGACGCAACAACAGAGCAGCAUGCAGUGAUGAGCUGGAUCUUAUUACAUGGACGGCCACCGACAUUCGCUGGCAAAGUGCGGCUGCAGCGGGAAAUCCAAUACCCGCCAUACUCGUGCAUGCUCUUGCGUGGACACACUCUCUUCGCCGAAUACGAUGACCGUAAGACCCGCGCCGACAUCUACACCGACCUCCCCAUCUUGUCACACAGACCGAUGCAACGUCUCGCUCUGGACUUCGAGAAAGAGUCUUCAGUCAGUGUCAGCAGUACCUACAGGCGCCCGUAUGGGAACCAAGAGAUGUCCACCUGUAUGCACCAGGACCAACGCAUGCCUGCUGUGAUGCCGCCGCAUACUGUUCUCGAGCACGACCACAUUUCUGGUACAGCCGCGCCUGUUGAGUUCGUACCGCGUGACGACGGCUAUUACUCGGUCCUGCCAUGCAGAGAGAGCUUCCGUCGAGGAAACGUGUUUGGCAGGCGCGGCAUAAGGUGUCCGUACAUGGUUGCACACUGUAUGAGGCCGGUGACGCUAACAUCACGCUCUGUGCCGACUGCCAUUCCGGCUUCUCUUGCGAAUCACUCUACAAUGCACACCACUGCAUGUCACGGAUCAUCGAAGACAUGCUGGACAAGCACCGACUGGAAAAGGGACGUGUAUCCGAGAAUCGGGAAAGUUGUCUCCGCCUAA